AUGUUACGAAAUUUUAAAAAUGGAGGUUGUCGAUACAAUCUUUUUGUUGAUUAUCAUAAUAAAAGUGCAAUUAUGGCUGAAAAUGAUAUAGUUAUAAAACAUAGUCGUGGUUAUAUCGGUGUAUUUGGUCCUCGUAUUGAUUAUAUAGCUAAUGAAGUUGCAUCUGCUGCUGGUAUCCCCAAUGCACUAUCUUGUCCUUAUCAUAUAACUCUAAUAACUAAAGAUGAAUUACGUCAAUUAACGGCAGAUUUAUCCAAUAAAAUCGAUGAUUUAUA